CUGCGCGCGGCAAUGGCGUUCUCCUUCUCCUCGCCGGCGCAGCAGAACCCAUUCCAGACCCCAGCGCCGGCGAACCCGUUCCAUACCCCAGCGCCGGCGAACCCGUUCCAGACCCCAGCGCCGGCGAACCCGUUCCAGACCCCAACGUCGGCGAACCCGUUCCAGACGCCGGCGCAGGCGCAGACGCCGUCCCCGUCGCCUUCCCCGUUCCAGUUCAACUUCCAGCAACCCCAGCAGCAGCAGCAGCAACAGCAGCAGCAGCAGCAGCUGGCCGCAUCGACGGCGCAGCCUCAGCAGCAGCAGCAGCUGCUGACGUUGUAUACAACGGAGGGGAAGCCCGCCGGGUACAGCACCAAGUGGGAGGAGCUUCACCCCGAGUCGCAGAAGGCGCUGCUUCAGAUCGAGGAUAAAAUACGGGAGUACAAGGAUGAGAGUGAGAGGUUAGACCAGUGCAGCCGGCUUCACGACUCCUCAAUCUCGAAUGUUAAUUUUGAGCUGGAUGCAAGUCGCAUUGCUCAGGAGCUCGCAGGGACUGCCACCGUAAUUGAGAGAGAGAAGGCAUCAGUUCAAGAAUUAAUGACUGUUGUCAAUGAAAUGAUGUGGAACACAGAAUUUGCUAUUCGCUCAUAUAUGAUGUUGAGGCCAAGGUUCAUCAAAUCAGCCAGUGGUUCUUCACCCAAUCAGCCUGUGGCUUUGGCACCAACCAGCGAUUUCUAUAGUGGCAUCCCAAAGAGGCCUUCCCAUUUUAUGGUACAAACUGUAAACAAGUUUGAGAAGUAUCUUGAUGAAUGCUGUAAAUGGAUUAAUGAGCUAGAGCAGCUGGUUCAAAUCGAGACAAGUAAAAGAUCAUCUUCUUCUGUGGAAUCUCUACCAAAAGUUAUGUCCAAUGUACAUGACUAUUUCAUCUAUGUUGCUUCAAAGGUGGAGAAUCUUCAUCAGUAUGUUGUGACAAUGAAAACUGAGUAUCUUCAUGGCCAGCGCCGUCUGGGUAAUGCAAGUGAUCCAUUCCUGGAGGCAAAUAGAAGAGAAGCAGCCAAACAAGAAGCAGCUGCCAGAAGGGUCCAUCCAACAUUGCACUUGCCUGCUCCUGUACAGCCCACAACACAAACUUCAGCAUCAACGACAAGCCAACCACAGCAAUCUUUGCUACCGGCUGCAGCAACCUCCUCGAGUACCGUUGCAGCUUUUAGCAUGCCGGCUUCUGCUCCAUCCACUUCGAGUCUCUUCUCGACACCAACUACUCCAAGUCUCUUUUCGACACCCACUACAAGUCUCACGACUAACCUUUUUGGUACAACUGGGUCAGCCCAGCUGUCCACACCAUUUGGGACAUCCUCCACUCCUACAGUUGGAUCAACACCAGCUCCGUCUGGAUUUGGGACUAUCACCCCAUCUUUUCCUUCAACGCCUGCUAUAGCUGGAACUUCACUAUUUUCUACGCCAUUUGGAGGUGGAGCUACAGCUUCAGGGUCCAGCUUUGGUGGCACAUCUAAAGGGAGGUCAAAGGCCCGGGGCCGACGCUAGAUGUAACUUCUUAAUCAACCGUGCAAUGCCGGUGCCUCAUGUAUCUCCUCCUGUCUUAUGAAAAAAAAAACUUGUAAUUAGCUUGGCUGGCAAUCCUAGUGGAGUUUUAGCUAUCAUCAUGUCAAAUGGUUGGUAUCAGUCUGAUUUUUAUCUAAUGCUUGCUAUUAGGUUCGUUUGGUCUGUGAACCUUCUCAGUGUUAACAUUACUCACCUGUAACUUGAUCAUUUCUAUCAGUGUUAACAGUACCCUUCCGCAGUGUUACCAAGGUUCCAAACAUGUGAUACCAGUGCAAUUAGUUUGUGGCCAUUAACCUCAAAUAAUUUCAACCAAUUGUUCAGAACA